UUACUCUUCAUCAUCUAUCGUUUGCUGAAGUUAAAAUGGGAUGAAGAGGCAGCUCGGCGGCGGACUGAGGCAUUACUGGCUAUGGCAGCAGAUGACGAACGAGAAAAUGCCAGGGAAGCGCAGAUGGCCGGAGGGCGUCGAAGAAACGUUGUUCGUCGGAGAAUUCAUCAUGACGAAGAUGACUUUGUCAAUCAGAUGCUUGGCGAAGUUGAUCCAGACGCAGAAGGCUCUGAAGGCGAAGGAGCAGCGCUGCCAAUGUUUGACCAACAUGGUGAGAAAAUUGGUAAAAGAAAAGCGGCCAAAUUACAAGCCAAAGCAGAAAAGAAAGCAAUGAGGGAGCAGGUGAAAAAUAUACCUUUUUUGAAAUAA